AUGGAAAGCAGAAACUCCCGCGCGGUGGCUCUAAGUCAGUUCCUGGAGAAUAACAGGCAGCAGGUGAAUCUCCUGGAUAAAGCGGUACUGGAGAUUGGAGCAGGGACAGGCUUACUGUCGAUCGUGGCUAGUCUACUGGGUGCCUGGGUAACGGCCACCGACCUACCCGAAAUCCUUCCCAACCUGACCUUCAACCUCUCUUGGAACUCCAAUGGCCGCUGCCGCUACACGCCCCAGGUGACUGCCCUCACCUGGGGUCACGACCUUGAGAAAGACUUCCCCAGCACUUCCUGUCACUAUGACUACGUGCUGGCAGCCGAUGUAGUGUAUCACCACAACUACCUGGAGGAGCUGCUGGCGACCAUGCACCACUUCUGCAAACCAGGAAGUGGCACCACGCUGAUGUGGGCCAAUAAGGUGAGGUUCCAGUCAGACCUGAAGUUCACAGAGAGAUUUAAGAGUUGUUUUGAUACAACACUGAUGACAGAGCAAAAGGAGGGGGACGUGAUGAUCUUCAAGGCCACGGCACGAGAGUGAAGAGCGGAGAGGGGAUAGAAUGGAGAUACCAGGGAGUAGAGGAGACUCAAAGGAAAAGUGUUGAGAAAGAGAAAUAAGAGAUUGGUGAUCCACAGUGGAACACCUUCCGGAGACACCUGAAACCCCACCUCUUUAAGGAAUACCUAGGAUAGGAUAAGUAAUCCUUCUCACCCCCCCCACCCUUUAAGAUUUAG